AUGAAUCCUCUGUUCUGCUACACGAACGGACGAUGGCUAUGGAAUGAACGUGAGCAACUGGAGGCCCGAUACCGACGUUUUGACGUGUCUAGUCUUAAGCAAGCGGCUUGCCAAGCCGUCGGUGCACACGAGUGUGUAUCUCUCGAUAAGAUCGGUGAAGGCAACUACAACAAGGCUUAUCGCCUUGAGAUGGACGAUGGCCAAAGGAUCAUCGCAAAAAUUCCACACCCUAACGCUGGCCCACCAAAGCUUACUACGGCAUCGGAAGUGGCAACUAUGGAGUUUGCCCGGACGAUUUUGAACAUACCUGUCCCACGAGUUCUCGCUUGGAGUGCUACCGACCAAAAUCCUGUCCAAGCAGAAUAUAUUAUCAUGGAAGAAGCGAGUGGCUCCCAACUCCACGAGGUUUGGCAGGAUCUUCCACUACGGAAGAAGGUUGACAUUAUUCAUGAGUUCAUAGAUAUUGAGAGGAAACUACUUUCAAUCUCCUCCAACAAAUUAGGGUCAUUAUAUUUCAAAGAUAGUGGUAUCGCAGGAUGCGAGCCGGCUAUCGUUACAAAUGGUCCGCAAGAUGUCGACAGUCACGUGGAAUUCACUUAUUGCAUUGGACCCAUCACUCGAAGAGAAUUCUGGGCGAAGCAACGCAGUGAUAUGCAAUACCAUGGUCCAUGGACAUCUUCUGCAGAAUACCUAAAGUCUAUCGCUCGCCGUGAGAUCGAAUGGAUCAAUGCCUAUGCGGACCCACAGGAACCGAGCAAAACUCCAUGGCAGUACACGAGCCCACAACAGAUGUCUCCGGAGGCUCAUACAGCCCUGUUGGAAAAGUUUCUAGCCACAGUUCCAUAUAUUACUCCUAAGGAUCCAGAGCUUGCCUCUCCUAGACUUUGGCACCCAGACUUCCACGCUGGUAACGUAUACGUCGACGACCAAGCCCGGAUAUCAUGCAUCAUUGACUGGCAGGGAGCCUGGGCUGGCCCGAUGUUUAUCAGUGCCAAUCCCCCAUUGCUUCUAGACUAUGGGAUUGAUACGUUGAUGAAGCUCCCUGAGAAGUUCAAAACACUCGACGAUGCUACGAAGGAUAAGCUCAGAUACCAGGUGUCACAGUCUAUCUUGAUUCACACGUACGAAGAAACCACAGCGGAGAAGAACCCUCUAAUGUAUAAGGUUAUGCGACACCCCCACGGUCAGACCCUCAAGCAAUUGGAAGCUUUUGCUGGCUCUACCUGGGACAACUGUCUCUUUCCUUUUGAAGAAUGUUUAAUUCGCGCUGAAAGGGAGUGGGGUCAUUUUGAUACGAACGAACCAUGUCCGUACCAUUUCUCAUCGGAGGAGAUACGGCAACACGACGAAGAGGUAGACUCUUUCAAUAAGAGCCAAGAAUUGUGGAAAGAGUUACAAGGUGUCUUGACUGAUGAAGGUUAUACGUCGAAGGAAAGUUAUAGUAAGGCUGUCAAUAUACUCAGAUAUUUGCGGGAAAUGGGGCUGGGCAACCUCAAGGGCGAGGGACGACGCGACUUCGACAAAGAGACGCGAUGGGUCGCAGAUCUCGAUGAACACACAACCUAG